AUGGCGGACGGCAUCUCAGAAAAUACACAGAAGUGUACGGCUGGAAUCAUAAUCAUUGGGGAUGAAAUCUUAAAAGGUCAUACAAAAGACACGAAUUCCCACUUUCUCUUGAAAAAGCUUUGGUCCUUGGGAAUCAAAGUAGGGAAAGUUUCUGUCAUUUCAGACGAUGUAGAUGAAAUUGCUAAUGAGGUGCGAAUCUUUUCUUCUCUCUUUUCCUUUGUUAUUACCACGGGAGGAAUUGGUCCAACUCACGAUGAUGUCACUAUGGCAGGCAUAGCCAAAGCUUUGAAGCAAGAUCUGGUUGUGAACGAAGAACUAUUGAAGUUAAUUUCCGGCAAAUUCGACGUUGAUUCCCAAGACAAGAUCAAGCUCAACUCCUCUCACCACAAGAUGGCUAGGGUGCCCAGAGAUUUGAAAUUAAGUUAUGGAAAAGAUCGAUGGGGAAAACCCAGCAAAUUUCCUCUUAUUUCUGUGAAUAACGUCUACAUCUUUCCAGGAGUUCCACAGUUUUUGGAACAGGAGUUUGGUGUUCUUGAAAACCAUCUUCUGACUUCCAACCCAAAGAAGCGUUUUUUCCUCCGAAAGAUCUACCUUUCAGCAGAGGAAACCUCUAUUGCCUCUAUUCUAAAUGAGAUAGAUGAGAAAUACAAAGGAAAGGUACACUUGGGGUCUUAUCCCGAUUUCUGCAAUAAAGACUUCAAAGUGAAGCUGACUGUGGAGUCAGAUAAUUUAAACCUUCUGCAAGAGGCAUGGCACUGCCUUCUGGAGAGGUUACCUAAGAGCAUUGUUGUGAAGAUAGAGGGAAAUGAUUGUGAUGUUGCAGUUUCAGAUGGUAAGGACUGUUUGAAUAUACACACAGGGCUGUCAACCCCCCAUGUCUUUAUAUGGAGAAUUGAUAGGAAAGGGAUGACAGAUGACAUCAUAAUGCACAGCAAAUGAUGUCAUUUGUGUAUAAAAUAAUCGUUGACUCCGGACGUCACGAAUUUCCGAUGACACCCGGAACAGCACAAAAAAGUUUUUGUUGGCAUUGUAACAUUUGACCUGAUUGGUUUACUUCCCACGAAUCACAUUACAGUCGACUCCCGGUAACGCGAACCCUCUAUAACUCGAAACUCCCGCUAACUCGAAGCAAUUUUCAUUUCCUUUGGAACAUUUUCUAUAUAAUUUUAACCUCGAUAACUCGAACUCUCGAUAACUCAGACUUUUUGCUGUUUCCCUUGAAGGUUCGAAUUAUCGGGAGUCGCCUGUAUUAUAUACAAUGGCACACUGGAGUUUAUGAGGAAACGUUUGAUGCUAACAUUGAAAAUAAAUGUCUGAAAGCCAAGUCUACUGCAGAAAUGGUCAACUUAAGCGAUUAUCUGGAAGAUUUCAUACUGUAAUAAAUACAGUCCAAAAUCUGGGGCUCCCGGAUCAUCCGGGAGAGUUGACAGCACUGACACAGUUUUUUCGAAAGGUGACAAUAAAAAUUAAUGUCAUUGACUGGGACAUGACUGAUACACUAUACUGUAUCAGGAGCCCAUAACCUGGAGUGAGCAACUUCCAUGCGCUCAUGUCACGGCAUUUUCACGGACCAGUUUAUUUUUAGAAUGGUUUUGGCACAAAUUUUGAAUAUCUGUUAAAUGCCACAAACCAGGCAGCAAGACCUACAGACCUAAAAAUGAUGUUUUUUGCCUUUUAAUAACGGUUAGUUUCCUUUUUGAUUUCUUAUAGUUUGAAUGCAUUCAUAGACAUGGUGGAGAUUCUAUUUUUGCGGGAAAAAGUGUCCUAAAAUGUGUCUAAAAAUAAACUGGUUUGUAAAAAAGCCGUGACAUAGGCCUAGUAUAGGAGUUGCUUCUUCUGGGUAAUGGGCUCCUGACUGUAUGCACAUCCAGUGGCAGAUCUAAGGGAUGGGCCCAGGGGUGCAUCCAUCAAGUGUCCCAAUUAUUUAAGGCCCAGAAAGCUAUUGUUGGUUACACUCAAGGUUUCAAUAGUUUCGCUGAGAUAACAUGACACAACUGUCAGUUUCACAAAACAAAAUGCACUGGUCUAUCAGCUAUUGUUGGACCUGUUAUUUUAUUCUUUAAAUUUUGAUUUUGGGCCUGAAAAGUUCCUUAGACUUCCAAGAAAUGGGCUCCAGGGGACUCUGGAAUCCACCUUAUUUUUAGGCUGUAUUGAAGUUCACAGGGCUAAAAAAAUUUUUUUUUGGAUGCCUGGACCCCUUCUUAUUUUGUGUGGCUGGAUUGCCCCCUACUUACUUGAAGAUCUGAAUUAAAUACUGACAGAAUGCGAUCUAAAAAUAGGUGUAAGAUAUAGGUAUUAAAAUUUUGUUUAAUUUUGUUGUAGCUGUACUGAGUCAACCAGAGGAUUGUAAACUGUUGGAAAAUGUUGAAAGAGUCUACAACUUGCUAGAUCCAUUGAAUGAAUCCAACACUAGUGCCUGUGUCAAAGGAGCCUGGGCCAUAAUACAGCAAACCCUCCAGCUUUACUCCAUGGAUGAACUUUGUAUCAGCUUUAAUGGUGGCAAAGACUGUACAGUUCUGUUACUCAUUCUACAAGCUGCACUGAAUAAACUUGUCUCACCAGAUCAACAGCUCAGAGCUCUCUACAUUCGUUACGACUCACCAUUUCCACAAGCGGAAGAAUUUAUCUCCGAAACUACUAAGAGGUACAAUUUGAAUCUAAUUACUAUGAAUGGCAACAUUAAGGAUGCUCUGAAAACAUUGAAAGAAACUCAACCCUCAAUCAAAGCAAUUUUGUUGGGCACAAGAAGACAUGACCCCUUUUCUGAUGCACUUCGUACGUUUUCUCCAACUGAUCCAGACUGGCCUCACUACAUGAGAGUGAAUCCAAUUCUGGAUUGGCAUCAUGCUGAUGUUUGGUCUUUUAUAAGGGAAUGUGAUGUCCCUUACUGUAGCCUCUACGACAAGGGUUAUACAUCACUGGGCAGCAGUCACAACACUAACCCUAAUCCUGCAUUGAAAUAUGAAGAUGGCAGCAAUAGAUAUAAGCCUGCAUACAUGUUAGAAGAUGGUUGCAUGGAGAGGGCUGGGAGAGACUAG